GAUCUGUUCUGUCUGAUUUCUCAACAUACACUCCGACAAAACUUAGGCGACAUCUGUCACAAGCCUGCUAGAUUCCAAUAAAAAUCCACACACAUAUCAAAGCGUAGCGUCUCGAAAAGGCGCUGCCAACUCCUGAUUUUACGCUCGUGCGUUUGCUUUACACGAUUGUGUGCCCGUUGCCACGCCCCGUUGAGGCGUGCGCCCAUCAAGCAGUCAAGACGACUUACUCGAUUAUGAAGAUGAGCUCGCCCAGGAUCAUGCAGCAGAAACGAAGUAGUAAAUCCUCCAAUACGUCCAGGGUCUCGAUGACCACCUCGACGGCGGAGGAGAAUCUCAUCGAGUCGAAGCUCUUUAGCUGGAUGCGGCUCUUUCGCUUUGCCUCGCUGCUCUGUCGCGCCGAAUAGAAAAUAAACAUAUACAUAUAUCUAUUAAGAAACCUCCAACCUAAUAACAUAAUGAAAAUGCAUUAUACACUUAUAAAAAAAAAAAAACAGAUAAAGUAACAAAGUAACAGAUACUCGUGCUAGUUGCCGCUUUCAAUUCAAGUUUUCCUAUUAUGCUAAAAAAAAAACAACAAAAACGAAAAAGUUAAUAAAUAAAAAUGAAAAAAAGAAAAUCUAAAAAAAAAAAUUAUAAACACUUUCUAGAUUCUGCAAUGUAGACAGUAAGAAUUGGAACUUCUUAACGAUUCAAUCAUUUGGUUUUUCUUUACCUUUCACAAUUAAGUCAAUUUUUAGUGUAAAUUCUGCUGGUUUCUGAACGGAAGCUAUGUGGAAUUUGUCGCGCCUUUCGUACCUUUUGUAUUGUAAUAAGAAAUAAACAUAUAUGUGUAUAUCUGGAUCUGGAUACAUGUGUAUGGUAUAUGGCAAACCAUUUAAUGUGUUGUUUCUUCGGGUUUUAGUGCUUAAGUUUGAAAACAACAACAACAGCAAACCACAACAACAAGAAAACGAGAUAUAUUUUUGUAAUUUACAACACUGUUUUUGCGUGUCACAAAUGAGAAAGCAACAGAAACGUUUAUGCAAAGCAAAUAAAAAUAAAUACAAAUUUAACUAAAUGCUAAAACGCAAUACUAACAAUAAUAACACAAUAUAUGUAUACAUAUAGAGGAAUAUAUUUACAGAUUUCAACUCGAUGCGAGCAAAAUGCGCUUAGCCAACACUCAAAUACAAUACACACACACACUUACGCCCAUUCAAUAUAAAUUGAUAUACUUUCUACUCCCCCCACAAGUAAUUGUAAAUUGCAUUUAAUCCAAAGAUGUUGCCAAUCAAGAGUAGAUCAAUUUGAAAACCAUUUAAAUAAAAUACAAAAUGACAACAAA